GCCGCUGCGUACACUCGGCAAAGAGCCUGGGAGACGCCUGUGGCAAAAGAGUAACUGUCAAAUGCAAGGUUCCUUUAAUAGGAGCGAUCAGUCCGGCUCCGAGAGUCAUGGCGACUACAGCAUCCAAUCAUUACAAUAUCCUCACCUCCAGCCCAUCUAUUGUACACUCGGAGCCUGGGAGCAUGCAGCAAGCCACGGCUUACAGGGACGCGCAAACCCUGUUGCAGAGUGACUACUCACUGCAGAGCAACAGUCACCCGCUCAGCCACGCGCACCAGUGGAUAACAGCCUUGUCACACGGAGAAGGAGGUCCGUGGUCGUCCAGUCCCCUCGGCGAGCAGGACAUCAAGCCAGCGGUGCAGAGCACCCGGGACGAGAUGCACAAUUCCAGCAAUUUACAGCAUCAGUCGCGGCCACCCCAUCUGGUACAUCAGACACACGGGAACCAUCACGAUUCAAGGGCAUGGAGAACAACGACGGCGGCUCACAUCCCCAGCAUGGCCACGUCGAACGGACAGAGCCUUAUUUACUCGCAGCCCGGGUUCAGCGUGAACGGUCUCAUCCCGGGCAGCGGCCAGGGCAUCCACCACCACAGCAUGCGCGACGCGCACGAGGACCACCACAGCCCGCAUCUCAGCGACCACGGCCAUCCACCGUCCCAGCACCAGCACCAGCCGCACCAGAGUCACCACGACCACUCGGACGAGGACACGCCGACCUCGGACGACUUGGAGCAGUUUGCGAAACAGUUCAAGCAACGGAGGAUCAAGCUGGGCUUCACGCAGGCGGACGUCGGACUAGCUUUGGGAACGCUCUAUGGAAAUGUGUUUUCGCAGACCACGAUAUGCAGGUUUGAGGCCCUGCAACUCAGCUUCAAAAACAUGUGCAAGCUCAAGCCUUUGUUGAACAAGUGGUUGGAGGAGGCAGACUCCACAUCUGGCAGCCCCACGAGCUUGGACAAGAUAGCUGCGCAGGGGAGGAAACGGAAAAAGAGGACUUCCAUCGAGGUAAGCGUCAAAGGGGCUUUGGAGAGCCAUUUCCUUAAGUGCCCAAAGCCAGCCGCGUCGGAAAUUACUUCGCUGGCGGACAGUCUGCAGUUGGAAAAAGAGGUAGUGAGGGUUUGGUUUUGUAACAGAAGACAGAAAGAGAAACGGAUGACUCCUCCCUGCGGACCUCUACCGGGUACCGAGGACGUAUACGGAGACACGCCGCCGCAUCACGGGGUUCAGACGCCAGUUCAGUGAGAAAAGACA